UAUAAGAAAUUUUUAAUUCUCUGCAGUUAGUGUUGAAGUUCUUUACAGUCAAUGUUCAAAUUCUGAAAAAGUUAACAUUAAUUAAUUUUAUCGUAGAAUAGAUGAUUAAAACCAAAUGGUCGAUCAAGGAGUUUGCGAUGAAUUUGAUCAUUUAAAGGUUGAAAAACUUCCCCAAGAGGUGUUGUACACGCUUGCGUAUGAAUUGCCUUCUGAUUGGAAAAAACUUUCUCGCAAAUUGAAUAUUAGUAAUGAAAAUAUUGAAAGUGUUUUGAGUGAGUCCACGAAAGCCAUUGAUCAAGCCUAUGAAAUUUUAAAAAGUUGGAUUAGAAAGAAUCCCGAUAAAAAAUGGAAAGAAAUUAAAGAAGGAUUGCUUUUUUGUGAGCGAGGUGAUGUCAUUAAAAAAUGUGAACGAAAGUUAUCGGUGCAUUCAAUAUUUGGUGUUCAACCGUCUUUAGAACAUUUAUUUCCACGUAACAAAGAAACUAGUGAAAUACAUAGAUAUUUAAUCGAACCACAAUAUUUGAAUAAGCCUUUAGUUGUAUGCGGAAUGUCAGGUGUUGGAAAAACACAAAUUGCAAGAAAGUACUGUGAAGAAUAUCAAAGGUUUUAUGAAAACAUUCUUUGGAUAGAUGCAGCAUUCGGAAAAAUACAAAGUUCCAUGAAUACCCUUUGUCAAAAACUAGGACUUCUAAUUAAUGAUUCAAAAGAUAAUUCAUUCGAUAUUGAUGUGGUUAUUGAAAAAACACAUAACUAUUUUAAAAAAGAAAAAACUUUGUACAUUUUUGACAACAUUGACAAUGAAAGUGUUAAAAAUUUUGAAAUGUACAUAUCAAGGAAACCAAAUUCUUUUACUUUGAUCACCACUCAAUGGAGAACGUGGUCAGAUAACGUAAAUCGGAUGUCAAUAAAUGUUUUUUCUCGUGAAGAAGCUUUAGUUUAUAUAGAAAAUAGCAUAAAAACAAAAAAAGACGAGAAAAUAGAAGAACUAAUAAAAUUACUCAGUUUUCAUCCUUUCGCUAUCACUCAGGCGAUAAAAUAUAUAAACGCACACUCAGUUUCAAUUGAAACAUACAUGGAUCGAUAUAGAUUACACCCCGUAGAAACACUAGAUGAUGAAAAGUUUCCAACUGAAAAAGAAUCGAUAUCUGCUGUUAAAGCAAUCACCUUAGUUUUAAUAAAAUUAGAAAAUAAUGAUACUAUUGCGUUAAAAUUAUUGAACUGUUUGUCACAUUGCAAUGGUCAAAACAUCAGCAAGCAUUUUAUAGUUCAAAUUUCAAAACAUAUGAAACUAACCGAAGAAUACAUGAUUGAUGACACCAUUAGAUUAUUGUUCAGUUAUUCCUUACUAGAUUGUUUUGGCGAUGGAAAAUUUUUAAUGCACGAUCUAACGCAGUUGUCAUGCAAACGUUUCCAAAGUAAAAAUUCCAGUACCAAAACCUUCCACGAUCUUAUUGAAAACUAUUUUAUUUUUGAGUUAAAAAAUAUAACAGAUCACGGUGAAUACGGAAAUCAUUUUGUAUUUCAUUUCCUGUAUAUGUUUCGAAAAAAUAGAAAAAAAAUGACGGAAUCCUUUCAUCGUGAAUCAAGUGUUAUAUAUAAGUUUUUAACAUGUAAAGGUUUAUUUCAAGAACUAAUUGAAAUAUUAAAGGCUGUUCAAAGUUUUAAUGCAGAAACUUAUGGAGAAAAUAACGAACAAACUCUCGAUACAAAAAAUAAUAUCGCAAACUGUUUGAGCAAAUUGGGAAAAUAUAACGAAGCUUUAGAAAUUUAUUAUUCUGUUGAUAAAAUACAAACUGAUAUUUUAGGUAUCAACCAUCUGUCAACACUGUCAACAAAAAAUAAUAUCUCAGUCUUAAUUGCAAUGCAUGAAAUUGGAAUUUUCCAAUUUCAUGCAUUGCAAUUACUAAAUAUAGGUUUAUAUCAAAAAUGUUCUUUUAAGGGCAUUAAAAAAGCUGUGGUUUUUGAGUUUGAGGCAUCAUUUUCAGAAUUAAGACAUUCAAUGUGUUGUGGAACUAUUAAUACCUGUUUUUCAAAGAGAAUGCGUUGUUAUAAACGAAAGACACCUGCAAAAGGUAUGACAUCAAGCGAUACGAUGCUUGCUGUUGUCAAAAGAGUAGUUGAAAAUGGAGAAAAAUGCUGA